AGCCUACGAGCAGAUAGGCCAUCAGCACUCAGUCAGAGCACUAAAGUUCGCUGAAGUCUCGCGAUCGCGUCUAGCCGAAAUUGAGAAUUUUGCAUUUCCAAAAAGACGAUCGAGAGUAGAAAAAUAUUAAAUUUUGUAGAGCAACUUCCAGUUCUACACGUUCCAACUCCUUCAAGACUGGCCAGAUUCAGUUUUGGGUAGUACACUUGGCCGAAUACUUGGCAGUUCGAGAUCAGUAGCUGGAUGGGCUAGAUCGGGCACUUCGCGCGCUUUCGAGUGUGAAUUUUAGCAACACCACAGUGAACAUUGUUUUAUAAAAAAGUGCUUCCAAGUGUUAUCAUAAUUGCUCAAGUGAUCUUGUCAGUAAUCGCCCAGCCCAGUGAUUGGUGCAAACCAGUGAUCGUGUCAGCAAAUUUCAAACCUAAAGUGAUCUACUGUUGAGUUGGUCCACAUUUAGCAGAACUUUUACCGCACGUUCUGUUAUCAGAUCAACGGUUAGAGACGAGAAAAUUUGUGUUUUUCCAAAGCCAUUAUAAUGUAACUUUUCAAGUGUAUGUGGUUUCCCAAUAAAAAAAUUAAAGUGUACACGUAAUUCGAUAAAAGUGAAAAACCCUUCGUAAACAGAUAAACAUUUGAACAGUGGAACAUUUAAAUCUGAAUUGGACAAUUUAUCGACAAAAACGUUCGUUCCUAACAUAAUAUGAAAUUGAACACUGUUCCUGUUGAUGCUGUGGUACAUGAUGCCAAUCCGUUAAAAUUUGACGUUGGCGGAAGUCUACCAGAAAAAUACAACUCCGAUCAGCUCUUAAUGACACGGAAAACAUUCUUUGAUACAACUACGGCCGGUUCAGGAUAUAAUCGUCACUUGUCGAUUAACGACAGCAACGACAUUGAAAAUGAACUGGCAUCAUUACAAGAGGGAAAUUCGUCGUCAGAUAAUCUGAUGGUUAAUACGAAAACCAAGCAUCCUUACAAACUACUUUCACACGAUAGUGGUAUCGAAAGUGUUGGGAAAUUUGAUAGCUCCCACAACAAGGAUGCAUCGCGUUCAAUAUCAUCCGUGUCAUCCGCAUCGUCAUCAGAAUCUGCUCAUAGUUCGUCAUCAUCAUCGGUUGGGCUUAAUGGGGAAGAAUCCUCUAAAAUUAGACCUGAUAAAACCAAAGCUGAUAAUGUGUCGCCUAAGGCGUGCUAUGAUGCUUCCAAAGAUGCUACCAAAUCCACCGGAAUUAACACAGUGGCCGCAGCCAAGAAGAAAGAAAGCCUGAACUUGGACAAAAUCGACACAGUUCCUAAUACUAGUAGCGGUUAUGCUAAAUGUAAUAAUGGCACCACCACCACCAAACCAUCUCACUCAAUUAACACCAAUGCUUCCGGUCUUAAAACAAAAAAAUCGGCUUUCAUCACUGUGGACCAACGAGUACAGCAACAAUACGGACAGCAACGUAUCUCGAAACAGAUUCCACCAGUGAACUCAACAGAUGAGCCAGCUAUCGAUCCAAGACUCAUUAAUAAAAAGGAUGGUCUCGAGGAUUGCAUGUAUUAUUUGGAUGAGUUCGGUAGUCCUAAGCUACGCUCUAAAUAUCUCCAUAAGAAGAUGAAGGAGCUACGACGAAAUGGGGAUGGUGGUGGCCGUGAUGCUGAUGAAAAGAUGUCAGUUCGACGGAAAAAGGAGAAAAAUGAAAAAAUCAAGAAGACUGAUGACUGUGAUAUACAUAGUAAUAAUAGUAAUCGCAAUAAUGAUAGUAAUAAGGAUAGUAGUAGGACACUGGAUGAUGGGCAAGGAUGUGUAAAUUGGAGUAAAUUACGUCGGAAAUUCAAAAAUGCUUUAAGUAAAGAUGGAUCGAAAAUAACGACAGUGGUUGCCACACCAGGCCAAGGAACAGAUCGAGUACAAGAAGUAUCUUAUACAGACACAAAAAUUAUCGGAAAUGGCAGUUUUGGUGUUGUGUUUCAAGCAAGACUAUGCGAUACUGGUGAAAUGGUCGCGAUUAAAAAAGUUUUACAGGACAGACGAUUUAAGAACCGAGAACUCCAAAUUAUGAGAAAGCUAGAACAUUGUAAUAUUGUUAAAUUGAAAUAUUUUUUUUAUUCGAGUGGUGAACAGCAUGCUGCCAACAACCCUUUUGACGUGGGUGUUUUCGCUAGACCUCUACAACCUCAGAGAGACGAAGUAUUUUUGAAUUUAGUACUCGAAUAUAUACCAGAAACUGUAUACAAAGUCGCACGUCAGUAUGCUAAAACUAAACAGACGAUACCAAUUAAUUUUAUCAGGCUCUAUAUGUAUCAAUUAUUCAGAAGUUUGGCAUACAUACAUUCAAUGGGUAUCUGUCAUCGUGAUAUUAAGCCACAAAAUUUGCUUUUGGAUCCUGAAACGGCUGUGCUUAAACUAUGCGAUUUUGGUAGCGCUAAACAAUUACUGCACGGCGAGCCAAAUGUGUCGUAUAUAUGCUCUAGGUAUUAUCGGGCACCAGAACUGAUAUUUGGUGCAAUAAAUUAUACCACAAAAAUAGAUGUGUGGAGUGCUGGUUGUGUACUGGCUGAAUUAUUACUUGGGCAGCCGAUCUUUCCUGGAGAUUCUGGUGUCGAUCAAUUGGUUGAGGUUAUUAAAGUUUUGGGAACACCAACACGUGAACAGAUUCGAGAAAUGAAUCCAAACUACACGGAAUUCAAAUUUCCACAAAUUAAAAGUCAUCCAUGGCAAAAGGUAUUUCGUACACGAACACCACCAGAAGCUAUUAAUCUAGUUUCGCGAUUGUUGGAAUAUACGCCAAGUGCAAGAAUUACACCACUGCAAGCAUGCGCACAUCCAUUCUUCAAUGAAUUGCGUGAAGAAGUUCAAACGCUGCCGAAUGGAAAGCCAUUUCCUCCACUAUUCAAUUUUACAGAACACGAACUCUCAAUACAGCCAAGUCUGAUUCGACAAUUAUUGCCACGUUCACAACGGCAGCAACAAGAAAGCAACGAUGUAUCGUCAAAUCCAGCAGCCGGUGGAGCUGCCGGAUCUAAUCUAGCUGGUGGCAAUACGUCGAGUGGUUCAGCAACACCUGCCCAAACUGGAGGUGCAGCACCACAAUCUGGCACAGGAAGUCAGUCAUCGCUUGGAGCGAACGCUGCACCAGGUACAGCUCAGACGGCUGCAAAUGCAUCAAGUGGUGGUAGUGGCGCAGUACAAACAGAUGCAGGAGCAAGCCAAACAGCAGCGGGCGGUACACAAAUACAGACAACGUCAACGAUGGGUUAGCCAAUGUCAACAUUAUCUAAUACGACUAAUAAAAACAUAGCCUCAGCUAUCAUAACGAUGUUAUUAGAGGAAACUCCAAUAAAAUUAUUAAGAUUAUUAUUAAACAUGAUAACGAUAAAUCAAAAAAGAAGAAACCAUAACAUCAACCACAUCCGCCAACACAGCUUCAUGACUGUUACAAGAGCAAGAACAACAGCCACCACCACCACCACUUUAAUCAUCAUAAUCCUAGAUCGUCACCAAUCUUUCUUCUGUCUACUACUUCUAUCGCAAAACUUCUUUAACAUAAAUUUAAGUAACUGUACAAACAAAUAACACGUACGUGCAGCGAAUAUUUAUAAAAAAGAGAAUAAAAAUGAAUAAAAAACAAAAUAUUAUAAAAGUAAAAAAUAGCUACAGACCAAUAUUUAAAAAAAGGAAGUAGAUAAUUGAUCCUGAAAAAUACUAUACAUAUGGGCGGCAUGCAUCUACACGCGCAUGCGGAUAUGCAUGGCUGCACUAUGCUGCGCUGUUACAGCAAUUGUUUCUUUCGUCAAAUACAUAGAAAUUAAUAAAAGGUGUUUUAAUUAAGCGAAAUAUAAAAGUAGUAAUAAAUUUUCGAUUGAUUCCGAUCUUCAUGGUUUGUUUUUGCUACAAUUACACGUGAGAACAUCAACAUAACUCGGAUUGUAUAGCACGUAGAGUAGAAUUGAAUAAAAUUACAUAAAAUGCAUGUUACGUUCACCACCGUGCGACAGCAGUUAAGUAGUGAGAGAUAGUUGCAACUCAAUCCAGAAGAUGAAAGAAACUUAUUAUUCUCCCAGGACUUUCGCAUGUGUAAAGUAUAGAUUAUGUAGGAAAAGAGGUAUUUUGAUGUGACACCAACACUAUUCACUCGUAUAAAUAGGCAGAGGUUUGGAAACAUGUACGUCGACUCAUGUAUCUUUAUCUCGAAUUGUGUUUUUAGUUGGAUUUAGCUUAGAGGAUUUUUUCAGUCUCGAUACACGCUAGAAUGAUUCAGAAUAUUUCAGCGACACAGGAGCUCUUUCAUUUUCUGAUAAGUUUCGGUGAUUGUUAUCCACACAAUUUUGUGUUAUUAAUUAUAGUCAACCGUGGCACAAAACUGUUUUCUACUUUUUAUGUUUACAUUGUGACUCUUCUUGAUAUGCACGUGGAGGUUGUCCAGUUCAUCAAUCUACGUGAAACUGGUCAGUAGCAAUUCUUGCUGACUGUUUAGUUAGACAAGUUCUCGUUAGCUAUGCUCAUAAAUCGACAGCAAUAAACAACGCCGUGUUGAUGCACAGUUGGUUUCGUUCUAGGAAGUUUAUGGAGCAGAGUACAAUUUUUUAAGAAUCGUCCGAUGUUUUGUUGAUUUACUGCACAGGUCAAAUGAUGAACAUACUAUUUGCCUAUUCUCACGUUCGAUUUCGUCUUCCUCUAACGCUCAAAGCUGCUUGUCUAUGGUUUUCACAGAAAUGUAAAUUAGUUGGUGAUAAUCCCACUGAAUUGAUUACAUAUAUCUGAGAUGAGUAGCUCACGUUGAUUGGCUGCAAUUAAAAAGUGUGACUGGUGCGAUCAAGCUUCCGACAUAUCAAUCGAUUGAUUCUAUCCGAACUCACACAAAAUACUAUCUCUAAAUGAAUACCUUUAUAUUGUGAUGGCAAGUUGGCAUCGUAUACUUUGCUAAUAUGGAUCCAUUUCUUAGGCCGAAAUAGUUAUGAUGCACUUAUUGCGCUCUAAAUACUGUAUCUAAUGUUCAGUGAGAUCUCGACCCGCUCUUGAGACAAAGGAAUUUAGUUGUUUUAUGUUGAAUAAUGAACAGUUUCAUUUCUUCCACAAUCAAAUGGACACACCCCUUCGAAGAGUUUAUUCAUUAUUUUGCGAAAAAUUCAUGUUACACUUGGCAAACUUGUACAAUGCAUGACAGUGAGAGAGAAAGAGAGGUAGGUGAUGGAUCGAUGGAUGAACGUUUAAAAUAAUCUGCAUAUUCGGUAAGGUGAACACAAAACUUACUAUAAACAUCCCCAAUAGAUUAUCCUUCAACGUUGACGCGAAACAUUUAUACUUAUAAAGCAAAUAUAUCAAAUUUAAAAAUACACAAGUAAAUAGCUGUUUUUCUAGCUUAAGAUAAACAGGAAUCUGCAAAAAAUUGAAUUAUUAUUAUUGAUUACGAUAAAUUAUAUCAAGAUCAAACCUGCAUGGCACACAGUCACGGAUUGCUCCCUUCCCCCGAUUAUUGUUGUCUAAAUGAAUUUCAAAUAAGCCCAAUAAGCACAUUCACGAUCGUAUUAAAUACAACAGACAAACUACUGCUACAUUUACACGUAAAAUACACUCGAUACACUAAAUUUAACUUGAAUGUACUUUUGAAAUUAGUAUUCUUAAAGAACAAGGAUUAAAACAAACAAGCCAGACAAAUGGCACUUCAUUCUUACUUGCAAAAAAAAUUACGUACGUGCUCCACGCGGGCGUAUGUAUAUAUCAGUUGUUCAUUAUUCUUUUCGAUUAACAAAAUCUAAUGUUUAGAAUAAAAACAAAAAUUGCUUUGCCUUCGUUUUGUUAAAAACAAUUUUUCGUAUAUAUUUCAUGAAUAAUAUGAGGAAACAAAUGAGCUAAUAUUAUGCAUUGUAAAAUAUAUAAAAAUCAUUUAAAACCAUUUUAUAGUAAAAGCAAAACUUAAAAUAUUUAUAGAAAACAAAUAAUGUUGAAAAAAGAUAAAAAAAAAAGAAAUGGAAAUUUUCUAGUGCAUGUGCUAAGAACAUAUUAUUAAAAAAACAAUUCUACGUGAGGAAUACGAUAAUGGAUAACAACUCAAAGCAGAUUACAAGGGAAAGUUAGGAUGUAAAUACUUGGCUUUCUUUUAGCAAGAAAAAAGUCAGUUUAAGAAAGCUAUCGAUCGUUUUUGUUUUUAAUAAAACUUGUAAGAAAUGUCUUUGUGUUUUUAGCGAGCGACUGUGUCAGAGAACUAUCUCUAAAUCAUGUAGGGGCAUGAUGGAUGUCUUACCAAUUCUAAACUUUACUUUUAUAGGGUUUUAUAGGGAAAUUUGCAAUAUACUACUUUCUGAUUCAAACUUGUCAACAGUGAAAGUUCAUGUAAUUCUGCAACUGGUGCAAUUAUUGCCUAUCCACGUUUAUUAAUGAUUAUUACCACAUUUUAGUUUAUAUUGCGAAAGAUAAGUUCUUGCAAUAAUCUCUUUACGGAUUAAUCUUGAAUUGGUUGUUGUCACUUGCAGUCUGAGUGAUUUUCGUAUUGUUUUUGAUCAUGAAAGGAGAUACAAAGUGUGAUGAAUGUUUCUUUGUUAUAACAAAAUAAAUCCAUUGCCAGUGACUCAGUGGCAAGAUUUCAGGCAUUCUAUAUAGGUAACUUAUAGCUUCUAGACCUUGGAAUACUUUGAAGGGAAUUAUACAAAUGUUACUUGCUCUAUGUGGUAAGCUAGUCUUGAAAGUGUAAAACUAGUUGCAGAUAAGCUCAAUAAUCAGAUUCCUUGCUUAAAUGACUUCAAGUCCUCCACGUACUGCUGAAUAUCUACAAGUUUUCGACAGGGUAGUUUUUCGUAACUGUGCACCAGAGACCCAUAAAACGUCAAUUAUGAAUCCAAUAAAGCUUCAUUAUAUUGUUCCACCCAGCAACAAUUCAAAAUUGCUAGAACCACUCCUUUUGUCGCACUUAACGCUUUGCGUAGUUUAGUAAUCACCAAACUUCUCUGAAAGAAAACUUUCUUAGACUGACCGAACGCCACAUAAAAUUUAUUAUAUGUAAAAAGUAGAAAAAAAUUAAUCUAUUCAAUGAUUUAAGUGGAAAACAUCGUAGAUGCGUCACCGUUUCGUCAUGUUAUUUAUUAAAAACAGUGAAGCAAAAUAUAAAAUUAAGCUACAUGGAGUAAGUAAGAAAUGAAAUGAAUAUGAAAAUAUAUGAAAUGUACUUGUAAUUUUAGUUCUUCGGUUUAUCGUCGUCGCAAGUUUCAAGGACUCAUCUUUAUCCUUUCAUUCUUAUUACGUUUGAAAGUUUAUGUUCUCUAUUCCUGGUUUCUCCCCAUGCAAUUUAAAUUCUAAUAAUCAUUAUAUAUUAAAAGUGUAGAUUGUGUAUAACAAAGAAGAGAUUUAUGGAUAAUUUAUAUGAAAACGAAAAGCAAAUUUAUAUUUACAGUAUAACUAACGCUAAUACUAUAUUUUUAAUUAAUAUCAAGUCUACUAUAGUGGCAAAAACAAGAAAAAAAAUAAAACAAAUAAAAUUAUGUUUAAUUACGAAACAUAUAUAAAAAAUAAAAUGCGAAAAAAAUGAAAGCAAACUGAAUAAAUUUAAAAAGCCCUAUAUAUAAAUAAAAUAUGUUUAAAGAUAAUUUAAAGUAUGAAAACAACAAUAUUCAUAGAUGCAAAGGAUCAACUCUGUAAAAUAUACAUACAACAGGUAAGAAAUUGGUUAACUAAACAAGUACAUAUACGUUUAAAAAACAAACUUAAUGAAGAGGAAAGCAAAAAAAAAUCGAUAAAGAUCAUGAAUUAUGUAUCGUAAUAGUUAUUGGGUAAAAAAUAAAAUUUUAUGUUUAAGUAAGCAAAUGUAUUAAUAAAGAAGAAUACAAACACCUAUUAUAAUAAAUAUAAACAUCCUCACAAAACAGCCGCAACAAUAUAAUGCAAUGUGUUUCGCAAGCUAAUUGUAUAAAAAUGAACACAUUCAGUAAGAAUCCUUUUACUUUAUCAUUUCUACUUUGUUUCCUUGUUUUCGUCUACAUGAUUUCAACAAUAUCGCUUAAUUUUAAGCAGAGAAUGUAUUUAAUAUUAAAAAUGCUAAAUAAUAAAGAAACUAUGGCAGAGAGAAUGGAAAUGAGCAUCGUAAGCAUAAGUUUUUAUUUUGAAAAAUCACAUAUUCAUCUAAGUUCUCUUAAAAUAUUGAUUUUUCACAUCUCCAUCUCCAUAUUAUUGAGAACAAUAAUCAUGUCGUUUAUAUAUAUAUAUUUUAUUUAAAUAUAUUUAACGUUUAAAACUACGUAAAUUGCUAUGAUUUGUUCUCUGAAGUUUAUGUUAGUUUAAAUUUACAUUCGUAGGCACGAAAAAGGCAAAAGGUAAUCAGUGAGUUGGUAAUACUUCUUUCAGAAAGGUAUGUAAUUUAAAAAAAACGGAACGCUGAAAAUUAAUUAAGUAAAAAUAUUAAUAUGAAAUAUUUUUAUUAAAAAAAUAUUAAAAAA